AUUUACUGUCAAGAACGUGAAAUACCAUACAUACCGGGCUGUGACAGGCUCUCGCGACGCCCCACGACAUGCAGCUAGGCCGUUCCCCGCUCUGUUGAUGUCUGGGCGCGCCCUGCCCUCCGCAAACGCGGCCGAGACGUCAUGUGGACGCGAAGGUACAGCUAAGUGGGCACUGGGGUGCAUGCAAACUUCGCCAUGGAAAACCCUGCCAGUCACUCCCACGACGCUUUUCGCUGCUGUCGCAACUGAUAUACCGUGCUUCAUGCCCAUUUCCAUACCUCACAUCCAUUUCAAUUCGUUCAUUGUUCUUCUUUGCCUCGGCGACAACCCUCCACAAUUGCGCGACCCCGCUUGGCGCAUCGAUUGACUCGCCAUGUCCACCACAACCACCACCACCGCAAACGGCGACCCCAAAGACGCGCCAAAUGCGCCCUCAAACACUGCCACACACACAGCUACGCUAGAAACCGCCAUCCAAGAAGAGCAAGCCGCCAUCCUCGCGUCCGUCAUCGCCCUGACGACCCUCUUCUCCACCGCCGCCGAAGCCCUCACCCUCAUCCACCCCUCCGCCUCCACCCACCACCAAAAGCUCGCCCUCACCCGCCUAGGGCUGGAACAGGGCCGCCUCCUUAUCUUCGGCGACGUCGUCGGCAUCUCCUCGCCCCCCGCGACCAUCGCGACACAGUUCGUCCCGAGCCAUGCCGGGCUCACGAACCCAGACCCCUCGGCGCCGAUAAACUUUGGGGCGCGCGAUGCACGGCUGGAUGAAGAAGAUGUGAGGAAGAAAGUCGAGGCGUGUUUGGAAGAGAUUGUCGGCAGGCCAGAAAAAUUGGGGCGGGAGGACAUGAUGGCGACGUACGGCUUGAAGCCGUCGAAGCGCUUGGGGGUGGGCGAGCAGGCUGUAGACCUCAACCGUCUCGAAGCUUUUCGCGAGAAAUAUGCGCUGCUGCAGGACCUCUCACAUAAGAAGGCGCGCAUUCCAAUGCCGAGAAGGGGGAUGAGCAUGGUGGCCCAGCAUUGGACUGUCAAGGAUGUGGACAAGUUCAACGGGUUUAUUAAUAUGGUUAAGGCGCAGGUGGAUGAGUUGAUUGACUUGUUUGGGGUGCAAGAGCAGGUGGAGCGGGGGAUGAAGAUUGAUAUCAAGAGUUUGGGGUGGCACCCCGAUUUGAGUGGGGCAACGAUGAAGCGGGAUUGGGCAAAGUUGAAGCUGAUUCGGGAGGCCUGCGAGGGAGAGUACCCGUUGUUUGUGCAGGCAACCGACAUGGCCUUGAGGUAUAUCAACCAAGAGCUUCGGGGAAACGCGAAAUUACCGCUGGAUUUUGCGGAGAAGGAGGACAAAGAGAAGGCGCCCAGAAGGAGUUUGGAAUCCCCGAAGAGGCCAGGGUUCUUGGGACUGUUUUCUGGGAGUUGGGGUGGAAAGAAGAAGAAGGGCCCGCAACGGAGUCUGAGUAAUGCUGGCCAGACACAGCCGGCGGAAAAUACACAGAGGUCCAUGUCCGAGGAUAUGCAGAAGGAGUCCUUGGCGGACUUAGAGCUUGUGAGGUCGAAAUCCUUGUCGGCGAUGCCGGGGAAGAACCCGGUUACUAUCGACAGUGUUUUGGUUCAGACAACUUCCAACGAUUCGACUUUGGCAGAGGACGAUCCGGACCAUGUAGACUAUCAGCUCAAGCAUGCGGACACGGCAAACAGUCUUGUCGAUCGGCAUGAUAUGUGGAAAGGGCCUGGAAGAGUUCCGACCAAGGAUAUCCGGUGGGCCGCUAAGAGUAAUGCUGAGCAUUGAGCUUUCCUUUCAAUUUUUUCUUUCGGGCUUCAAGAUACCUCGCAAGGCCGUUUUAUUCUAAUUCUUCUUCGACAUUGUUCAGCGACACUUUUAAUAUCAAGAGUUUGACAACCCUAGUACCCUUUCUCUUUCUUCACCGAAUAUAUUCACAUCUAAUGAGCACAUCUAUCGAUGAUUCAAAAUAUAAUCCAACACAGCUUUCAUGCUUUCUUUUGCAGUAUCGCGAAAUAAAUCUCAAAAAGGCUUGUUAUGUCCAUCUCCGUUAAUUUCCAAGCCCCAUUAACCGUCAACUCAAGCUUAUAAAUUCCCCA